AUGGGCGUCGGCACGCUUCGUUCCAGCCAGCGUGUCGUCAGCUUCAGCUUCUCUGCGGAUCUCUAUGCGAGCGAGGGCUUGCAGGUGCCGCCUGAUGCCGCGGAGCAAAGUCGGCCCGCGAAGACCUUCACUCCGCCCUCGAAAGACGCGCUGUCUUUGACGGUUGAUUCCAACCAGUUCCGUGGCACAGUCAAAGCAACUGAUCUCGGGGGCUUUCACGAUAGCGGGACACCGGCCUUCACCCUGGGCCUGGGCAGCUCCAGCGGUUCGGUGUCUAAGGAGGAGCUGGCACAGAGGGAGGCCAGGGAUCGGCAUCUUGCGGACAUCAGUGAAGAAGCUGAAGAAGCCGUGCAACAGAGAGAGCUUUGGCAAAAUCACCUCAGGCGUUGCAUGGAGGAAGAGAAGAAGGACAUGGACUGGAGAAGCGCGAUAGAGCACGACUACCGGGAGAUGUUGAAGGAUCAGAUACGAGAACGCCAGCUGCGACGGGAAGAAGCAAAGCGCGCGUCAGUUGAACAGGCUUCGAUGCACGGGUUUCCCGACUUCUCGAAGCCCUCCAACAUCUCCGUCAAAGACUACAUCGUCGAGCGGCGCCUGCAUCUGAAGGAGGACCUCGACCAGCAGGUGGAGCUCAAGAAGCGCCAGAAGGAACACAGAAAGGCUAUCGAACAUGAAAUGGACCGCAUCAACAACCUCGCAGCACAUACCGAGCUCGUGCAGCAGCGAGUCAAGGACCGCGAGCGAGGAAGACACGUUCUUCAG